AUGAACUUCCGUUUCCAGAACCUGCUGGGUGCACCGUACAGAGGUGGGAAUGUCGUCAUCUCCGAAAACUCCCUCCUCUCUCCCGUCGGCAACCGCGUCUCGGCCACAGACCUUCUCAAGUCGGAGACCCUGACGUUUCCUUUUGAGUCAUCAUCGAACAUUGCCAGGAUCGCAGUCUCCCCUGACGGUAAUUUCCUUCUCACAAUCGACGACGCCUCGCGCGCUCUCUUCGUCAACCUCCGACGCCGCGUCGUCCUACAUCGUAUCUCCUUCAAGAAAACUGUGUCCGCCCUUAAAUUUAGCCCAGACGGUGCCCACAUCGCCAUCGGCGUAGGCAAGCUCCUCCAGAUAUGGCGUUCCCCCGGUUUCCGGAAGGAGUUUUUCCCUUUCCAGUUGGAGCGCACUUUCCCUGACUGUGACGAUGCCGUGACCGCAUUAGAUUGGAGUCCGGACUCGUCUCACCUUCUCGCCGGGUCGAAGGACCUGACGGUGAGGCUGUUCUCGUUAAAGAGAUCAAAGGGAAGCAACAAGCCCGUGUUAUUCCUUGGACAUAGAGAUAGAGUGGUUGGGGUAUUUUUCUGCGUGGAGAGGAAAACUAACGCGGUCUCCAGGCUAUACUCUAUUUCUAGAGACGGAGCAAUAUUUACGUGGAAAUUAGAGGCGAAUAAUGAUUUACUUAACUCUGAAAGGCACAUUUCGGAUCCUCCUUCACCUGGGACUCCAGAGCAGGAAGGUUCUCAGGCAUAUAUGGAUAGGAAUGUUGAUCAUAAAAGGAAGAAGAUUGACUGCGUUACUUUUUCGCUUGAAGGGGAGUCAGAAGCUUCACUUCUGGGGAAAUGGGAGUUGUUGAAGAAAGAUUUCUUUAUGCAGUCACCUGCGAAACUGACGGCUUGUGAUUACCAUCGGGAUUUGGACAUGGUGGUGGUUGGGUUCUCCAAUGGUGUUUUCGGGUUGUAUCAGAUGCCAGACUUUGUUUGUAUCCAUGUACUUUCUAUUUCAAAGGAAAAGAUAACAACUGCUUUAUUCAAUAAACUUGGAAAUUGGCUGACAUUUGGUUGUGCAAAGCUUGGGCAGUUACUUGUGUGGGAAUGGAGGUCUGAGACAUAUAUUUUGAAACAACAAGGGCAUUACUUUGAUGUAAAUUGCAUAGCAUUCUCUCCUGACUCCCAGAAACUGGCUACAGGUGCAGAUGACAACAAAGUGAAGGUGCAAAACAUGCCUCAUCAUGCCCCGUCUUUUGUACGCUGUCAUUAAUGCUUAAAUAUUUUGAUAACGCAUCCAUUUGCACGUUUUACUAUUCUAUAUUCCUUCUAUAUAGAUAGAUGAGAGCAAUGUUGUUCAGUUGUGUCUUGACUGCAGUCCUUGAGUUGUUUCUGUAUGAAAAAGUUAUCUUUGCCAUAUGAAAGUACAUUUUUUGCGUUAUUCAGUUUUCAUGGGAUUGUGAAAAAAAUUCGACACUUGAGAUAGGGACGUGUGUAAUGUACAUGAUGUUGAGGGGAAGCAGGUAUUACUUCUGUAAAAGAAGCCCUUACUUUGUGUUUAUAGAGGGAAAAUGUCGUGCACCUAUUACUUCUAUGCUGCCUAUGAGCAGGAGAGAGGAGGAAAAAUAUUGUUUCUAGUUUCCUUCACGAGGAACAAUUUUUCGUGAGGAAUUGAUAACUAUGGGAGUCUCAGCUUUACGCAGUCAACCUUCUUUAGGAAAUCUGUGGUUUCUGUCAUGCUGAUGUAAGUGUUUACCGUUACGAAUUACUUGCGUAGAUUAAUUGAAGAUUUCAGAGAGAUUUAUGACGUUAUUUCAUAUUCAUGAAAGGAUGGAGGGAGAUUCUUUACAUUUCUGUCGAUCGUGUUUCAUGUUUCUGUAGGUGCUCUUUACUUUUAAUUUGAUAGUUUGUUCGUCGGUACCAUUAAAUUUUCCAUCAGACCUUUGUCACUUGAUGCACUAGGUGUUGAUACUUUAAUUGUUAAUCUUUACUCUAGUCAGAUCUUCCUGCAGAAACAUAUUUCAAUAUAAACAUUGAUUAUAUAUCAAGGAAUCAUCGCUUAAUAUUGUGUUGGCCACAUGACUUCAGUAAAGAGACGGUGGCAAUGUACGAUACAAUUUGUUAAUGUUCAGAAAAUAAAAGGAAGAAAAUAGCAAAACGAAGUGACCAAGAUAAAUCCGCCUAAGUUAUUCUGAAAAUAGUGACGAUAAAAUAUUCACGAAAAGAAAUAAAGUUUUGUUUUGAAAGUGGGAUGGAUCGCAUAUUUGUCAAAGAGCAAAAAGGUAAACGUUCUGGUGUUUUUAGGAUGGUAAACAUUGACAAAUCCUUUUCUAAUUGUGGACUAUAAUGGGGGGGAAGGGUUUUCAACUGUACUGCAAUUAAUUUCACAUAGGAAAAUCUGUUGUCUUCCUUGUUUGCAUAAAGAUUGGGCCACAAUGAAGUAAUUUUACAGGUAGUUCUUCGUCCACACAAGGGAAACUUUGUAGCUAUUUAGUUCUUUGGAGCGUAAUUAUCUGGCUAUUGUAGAACUUGACAUCGUUUCAGAAAGUUAUAUCCCUGACACGUGAUUUUAAAUUAUUUUUGGAAUAAUGUUGGAGGAUUUUAAUGGAGUUGUUUAGGCUCUGUGUCCUCUGUUCAUUGAAGAUGCCAGAGACAUCACAUGUGAUGCAUAAUAUAUGAAGUCUGGCAUGGCCUUUUUACAUCUAGUAGAAAGUGGUCUCUACAUAUUUUCAUCUUGAUGUCUGUGCCUGUAUUAAAUUACAAUGUGAAGUUAGUUCUGUAUUUAUAAACUAAACCAUGGGGACCUAUCGUUUUCCCAUUUUUCCUUUCAGUUGGGAAUUUAUUAGUUGUAAAAGUUGUGCAUGAGACAAUUAAGGGGAAGGGGAAUAAAUAAAAUUAUGGUAAAUUGGCAUUAUUAUUAUUUUUUUUACCAUAGCGAAUUCGAUGUUACUCUUGAAUAUCAUUCAUGAACCAAUCUUGUGGAGUUGUUCAUCUUGUCAACUUUUCAAGCGGUGCUAUAAAGAAAGUGGAAUGGAAAUUGAACAGGCUUAUCUUCCGUUUCUGGUUACUAAUUUCACUUCUGAUGUUGAGAAAUCAAUAAAACUUGACAUAAGCAUCGACUGGGUUGGCACUAUUUUCUUUUUCUUCUGAUUACUUGUUCCUAUUUUCAAUGAUCUACUUUUAGAACUUUGGUCCCUUUAUAUUUUUAUUUUUAUCAUUUCACGGCCUUGCGUAAAUUCUUUGUUUUGUGCUUUUGGGAAGAUUUUACGAUGCAUCAGUUUAGCGUACUCCUUUGUGGAUUGUCUUUACUGUAAAAUGUUUCAGGUGCAAUGCCAUUUUUUCUGAUUACCAAACUUAAUUCGAAAUUGAUCUGUGCAGGUGUGGAUACCUUCUUCUGGUUCUUGCUUUAUAACGUUUUCAGAGCACACUAAUGCUGUAACCGCACUCCAUUUUGUUGCUGGUAAAGAUAGUCUUCUGAGUGCUUCUCUAGAUGGGACUAUUCGUGCUUGGGACUUGAUUCGUUAUCGCAACUUCAGAACAUUUACUACCCCAUCGUCUAGACAGUUUGUUUCGUUGGCAUCUGACCAGAGUGGUGAAGUGGUCUGCGCGGGGACCUUGGAUUCAUUUGAGGUACGUGCUUUAUUUAUUGCUGGGUUUUGUCAUUUUAGUACUCAAGACAAAUCUUCUUAUGAUAUUUUUAUUUUGGACAUACUAGAUUUUUCUAUGGUCAAUGAAGACUGGCCGUUUGCUGGAUGUUCUCAGCGGUCAUGAGGGACCUGUCCAUGGGUUAAUGUUCUCACCUACAAAUGUAAGAUGACUUUUGCUUGAUUGCUUUGUUGCACACUCUACAAAUGUAAGAUGACUUUUGUUUUUUGCACACUGUAAAAACAUGAAGCCCAUAUGCUAGUGAUCACUCAAUCACAUUCUGUGCCGCAUUAUUAAAUGUGGUCUUUUCUUUUUCCAACACUUUCCUGUUUACUUUUGGACACUUUCAAGUUUUUGAAAUAUUUUCUAUAUUAUAAUGUCGUACUGGCGGGUACUUACUAAAUUUUGUUUCACCUUUAUAUUCUCUUUCUUGUUUGAGCGGAUGUACAGCAGCGGAUUCCACAUUUUAAAAUCGUCAUAUAGAAAGUGUUAAUCUCACAAUAUUAAAUAAUGUGACAAUGUUAUUGUGUUGCGGCCUGUCGUAUUGUGAUUAGUUUUGUUCUUCUUUGAUAUUUGUGUCAUAUGUUUGAUGGUCGCAGAAUUCCAUGCUAUAUAACGUCAUCAUCAUAUUUCUGAUCCAAGAUGCUUUACUUUCGAAGAAGUAUCAUCAUUCGUGAUUUUUAUCCUAGAUAAAGCUAUAAGUAAUCUAAUUUGACUUUCAAAAUAUCUGGAGUACCUUUGGAAUUUCUCUGUUGUACAUGGAUGAUUAAGGAAUGUUUACUGACCUGGAAACUUCUCAACACGAAAAUGGCCUAAAGAAUUGGGUAGGUCAGUCUUCAUUCAGAAGUCCUCCGGUGCCUCUUCAGAUCUAUGUUCUUAUGACUAAGUAAGAAAGAUUUUGGAAACCUUUGACAAUUUUCUCUGAGGUUGUCAGCUAUAUAUGAAUUGCACUUGAGUUCUAAAGGAGUCAUCUUAUUUAGAAGUAGUUAUAUGAUCUACUGCAUGGCCUUGAAAUUUUUAUUGAGAGUAAUUUCAAACUCAAGAAAAUUGGCUUUCAAAAUAACUACUACCUCAAAAAUUGAUUCUGCCAGCAUAAUUACCUACUUCAUGUGUGCAAAGCGUCUUCAUAUAGGUGAGUUUGAGACUCAAAACCUUGCUCUGGUACUACUUGAUGUAGUAGAAGCCGAAGGAGAAACGAGAUCGUAGCCUUAAGGAACAAAAUCUACGAUCCUUUUAUUGUAUUAGAAAUUUUAAACGUACCGUUUCUGGUGUGAUAGGCCUGAAAGUACUAGAUUUCUUUGUUCUGUAUCUGUUCAAGGUAGUGAUAAACAACAUUUUUUCUACUUGAAAUUUUUAAGUCAUUAGCUUCACGAUAUUGCAUCAGUAAUUAUCAAAGUUCAGCAAGAUCUUUGAUUUCCGUGAUAUUCUGUUUCAUGAAUUUCUGAAUAUCUUACUUUGGAGCUUUCCGUUUUGUUGUCUAACUGUUUCUCAUGAUUAAGCCUUUUUUUUUCUUGUAGAACAUUUUGACUUCAUCCUCAUGGGACAAAACUGUGCGACUUUGGGACAUUUAUGGAAAGGGUGCUGUGGAGACGUUUACUCACAAUCAUGAUGUCCUUACCGUUGUGUAUCGUCCAGAUGGAAAACAGAUUGGAUGCAGUACAUUGGAUGGACAAAUUCAUUUCUGGGAUCCGGUAGAUGGCCUAUUGAUGAGCACAAUAGAAGGUCGCAGGGAUAUUGCUGGUGGACGUCUCAUGACUGAUAAGAGAUCGGCAGCUAACUCAAGUUCAGGAAAGUUCUUUACCACACUAUGCUACUCUGCUGAUGGAAGUUACAUUUUGGCUGGAGGGAACAGCAAGUACAUUUGCAUGUACGAUAUAUCAGAGCAGGUAAACUCAUCUUUUCUCCACUCUCUUUUCUGAAUGGUUUAUCCUUUAUUUUAGGUUUAUUAGUGCAUGGUUGUGGAACUUUGGCUGUAGUAAAUACUUAGGAAUAUGACUCUUGAUGGACGUUUAAGUUGUAGAUAGAUUUGGCGUUAUGCAUAGAACAAUGUUUUGAGAGGCCAGAUGGGUUUCUUCCUGCAUUUUUUGCUGUAACCUAUUAGGUCUAAUUAUUUCGAGAACUCGGUCUUAGUAUUUCUUACCCAAGCAUUGAACUGUUUUGCAUUGGACCAGGUACUGCUUCGUAGGUUCCAAGUAACUCACAAUCUUUCCUUGGAUGGUGUUCUUGACUUUCUGAACUCGAAGAAGAUGACAGAUGGGGGACCAUUGGAUUUGAUUGAUGAUGAUGAUAGUGACAUAGAUGAAGGUGUUGAGAAACAAACAAGGAAAAAAUUGGGCUAUGAUUUACCAGGAUCAUUGGCUAAUCGUGGGAGACCUGUUAUUCGAACAAAAUCUUUGAAAAUUGCACCAACAGGCAGAUGCUGGGCAGCAGCAACGACAGAGGGCGUUUUGAUUUAUUCUGUAGAUGAGUCAUUUAUUUUUGAUCCUACAGAUCUGGAUAUAGACGUAACACCUGAGGUAUUCUUUUUUCAUGAUUUUAUGGUUGCCGCAUGCCUACUUCUAAAGCUAGAUUAUUAUAUAUGUGACUUUUUCGAAUGAGGAAAUUUUGAUCAUUUUCUUACAUCUGAUGGAUUCGAUAGGCUGAAGAAAUUUUGUAGUUUGUAUCUGUUGAAUAUUCUGUUCUGACUAAAAUUAUGUGGUGUCUUGUUCAUUUUAAUGAGUGACAAUAAGUCGAACACAUGUUUAAGAUUAAUAAAAGUUGCUGUAAAUUGACGAGGACAUUUGAAAAGGGGGGAGUGUGGCUUUCAUUUCGUAUCAUAACUUGGUGUUAGGUUUUGAAUAAAUGCUGUUAAAUGCUUCACUGUGGAAGGGUAAAUCGUGUGGUUGACAUUUAUUCCUGAUCACAGUUUAGAAAUUCGUUUUGAAACAAGAAUCGGAACGAACUCAAUCCUUUUUUCUGAGGACAGUAGUAUCAAAGAAGUUACGUAUUUUUUCAAUCUACUUUUGAAAGAAAAACUGGCCUCUGGGAUGCUUAGAUGGAUGAUGAAAAUUAAGUGGAAUCUCGGUAUAUUGGGAGGUGGUUCCAUUUUGAUCAAAGAGUCAUUUUCUUGGUGCGCUAAUUUUUUUGCCAAAUCGUAUCCUUCGUUGCUAGCAAUGCUAUGACCUGCCUUUUUUGGAGAAUUGUUGGUCUGAUGUGAAAAAGUACACGAUAGCAUUUUAUAACAUUUUUGAUUUUCUGGUGUUUGUUUACUAGAAUGCUAUAAUGGAAAAUAAAUUGCGUUGAUGCAAGCGUUGAUAUCAAUGCAAUUUUUUUUUAUUCAGGCAGUUGAUGAAGCACUUGCUCAGAACCAACAUCAGAUAGCAUUAUUACUCAGUCUACGUCUUAACGAAGAUUCAUUAAUUAAGAAAUGUAUUAUUUCUGUGAGCCCAUCAGACAUUCCUGCUGUUGCCUCAUCAAUUCCUCACAAAUAUCUUCAGAGAUUAGUGAAGGCUUUUGCAGAUCUUCUAGAGAGCUGCCCCCAUUUAGAGCUUAUUCUUCAGUGGUGCCAGGUCUGUUGAUUUAAUACACAACUUCUCAAGCACACACUUUUGAUAUUUAUUUUUAAGUGAGGAUCCAUACUCAAGCUGUCGUUUUUUAUCUUCUUUCAGGAGCUCUGUAAGGUUCAUGGUGAUUUCAUCCAGAAAAAUUCUCAUAGUUUAUUUACAGCACUAAGAUACUUGCAUAAAUCAAUUACAAAAUUACAUCAGGAUCUGUCAGACAUGUGCUCGUCAAAUGAGUACUUGCUCCGAUAUCUUUGCUCCACGAGUAUUUAA